CUGUAAGGGAGCAGCGGCGGUUCAGUGGUGGAAAUCUUGCCCUUCCGUGCGAGAAACCCGAGUUUGAUUGCCAGCCAGUGCACCUCAUGCACAGCCAACCCCACUCCCAACCCCCUCAGUGGCGGCUUGCCUGCGGAACAAGUUUCAGCAAAGCUCCCGGACUAAUACGACUAGGAAGAAAGGCCUGGUGAUCUACUGAAAAGCAGCUAAUGAAAACCUUAUGGAUCACAGAGGUCUGAUCAUGCGGGUGGUACGGGAGCAGGCAGCUUUUCUGUUGUGCAUGGGGUGGGUUACUGUGAGUUAGGAUGUCAGUCAGCUAACAGUUUCCUUAGUCCAGAGUUCAGACCGCCUGGCGUUAGGAGGACUAGGCUAUUGGCGGGUCCACGGUUCCCAGGGAGGAGGGCUUGGGGACACAGGGUUGUGGCACAUACGGUGUGUUUUCACUGCCAGACUUGCCUUCAGAGCUACCUAGUCCCAGUCCCCUUCCUCUUUGUGCCUUCCCGGCACCCCCCGCCUGCAGAGUGGUUGUGCCCGAAAGUCCCGCCUCCAGACCUCACGUGUGCGCCGCAGGCCACGCUUUCCGCCGCCUCUGCAGCGGCUUCGUGCUCCGCAGCGGAAGUUUCUGCCCUUCGUCUGGGCUGCAGAGCGAGGGCCUCCGUUGUCCCGUUCUGCUCAGCGGUCAGUCUCGUGUACCCCCUCUCCCCACAAUCCGCUUUGUUCCCCGCCGGGCUCCAGGCGCCAUGGCUUCCCGCGGAAGGAAGCGGAAGGCUGAGGCGGCGGUGGCGGCGGCGGCGGCGGAGAAGCGGGAGAAGCCGGUUGGCGGCCAGGCGGCAGCGGAGGAGGUGGUCGUCAUCAUCGAGCAUUGCACAAGCUGACGCGUCUACGGGCGCAACGCCGCGGCCCUGAGCCAGGCGCUGCGCCUGGAGGCCCCUGAGCUUUCAGUGAAGGUGAACCCCUCCAAACCGCGGAGGGGCAGCUUCGAGGUGACGCUGCAGCGCCCGGACGGCAGCAGUGCGGAGCUCUGGACUGGCAUUAAGAAGGGGCCCCCACGCAAGCUCAAAUUCCCCGAGCCUCAGGAGGUGGUGGAGGAGCUGAAGAAGUACCUUCCGUAGGGAGGUUUGGGCAGAACGCCUCAAGCCGAGCCUUCUGUCCCUGGUGAUGUUGGAGCAUUUAUGACGGAACAUGGCCAAACCUCAGUCAUGUGCCUGAAGCCACGGUUUCUUCCCCUCCAGAAAUGAUGGUUCAGUUGUGAGGCAGCCUUCUAGUAAGGCACUGCAGAAGUUCUUGGAUUUGCUUUUUUUAAUAAAAGUUCUUGUUAUAAAGUA